CAUCACUGAAUCCCUCGCCUCACUGAAUUGAGAUUCCUGAAGUUCCUGAAUCCACUUUUGUACCGAUACGAACCGUCUCCCAACUCGAAGCCCGUCGCCUCUCUGAAUUGAAAUUCCUGAAGAUCCUGAAUCCUCCUUUCUCCUGAUCAGAAAUGUUCUUUCCUCUGGCUACUUCUCGAGGCUCUAGCUCGUUUCCUCCGAAUCCUUGGCGUCUGUAGCAUGCCAUCGCAUCACUGACUGGUGCAAGGUCUUCCGAAUCUUUAGCCGUUAAUCUUAAUCUUAUGUCGAUCCUACUUAUUAUUUCAGUUAUUCGGAGCAACUGUAUUCUGGUAGUUCGGGCCAACUGUAUUUCAGUCCCUCUAAACGUUAGUCACUCCGAGCAACUCUAGUCUAGACAUUUCGAAAGUCUAUUCUAGUCCUUCAACGCGUCUUUGCUAUAGUUUGGAGUGAAGAUUCCGUAGUCCUGAGCGACUCCUUCCCAGGAGUGACGACCCGUUAGAGUCAAUCAGAGCACCUCUAUUCUACUGAACCGGAGCAGCGCUACUACCCUUGUCAGUUGGAGCGGCAACGUUUAGGAAAAUCUUAAGAUCUUGACAGACGGCUUACUGAGAUGGUUUGUAGGUGUGAUAGUGACCUAUUAUUAGCGAUGGUGUCCCUUCUGACGGUAUUACCGAGACGGCAACUUACCACGGCCAUUGGCGAAAUGGUGACUUUUGAUGGUUUAUGGAGACGACGACUUCUGACAGCCAUUCUCGAAAUUUUGAUUUCUGACGGUGAUGAGCGAAACGUGCUUCUGACGGGCAUUUUCAAAACGGUGGCUUCCUGGUGUUAGCAGAGCGUGUCUUUUGCGAAACGGCGACGACGUGGUUGGUAACAGCGUCGUUUGGCGGCCAGUCUCGAAAAGGCGACUUCUGACGGUCACUCGCCAGACGGCGACGUCUGACGGUCACUCGCGAGUCGGCGACUUCUAACGGUCACUGGCGAGACGGCAACUCUGACGACGUUUUCUGACGGAUUAGCGGGACAGCGGCUUCUGACGGUCAUUGGCGAAACCGUGACGGUCAUUAGCGAGGCGGCGACGUCUGACGGUCACUCGCGAGACGGCGACAUCUGACGGUCACUCGCGAGAUGGCGACAUCUGACGGCCAUUCGCGAGAUGGUGACUUCUGACAGCCACUCGCGAGACACCGACUUCUGACGGUCACCCGCGAAACGGCGACUUCUGACGGCCACCCUCGACACGAUUAUUUCUGACGGUCAUUCGUGCGACGGCGACUUCUGACGGCCAUUCGCGAGACGGCGACUUCUGACGGUCACCCUCGAUACAAUGACUUCUGAUGGUCACUCGCGAGACGGCGACUUCUGACGGUCACUUGCGCGACGGCGACUUCUGACAGUCAUCUCGCGAGAUGGCGACUAUUGACGCUCACGAGCGAGUCGGCGACGAAGACGCGCCAGUGGUCGGGGGACGCGCCAGUGGAGCGCGGUGAAUGUUGGUGGCGGGAAGUUCUGACGGUCAAAGAGUGGCUUCAGGUUGCUGCUGUUGCUACGCCCGAAUCCCGAGAUUCCUGGACGGGGGGAGGGAGUGGGAGGAGGGCUGAUUGGAGGAAGCGGAGGAGAGGAGGCGGCUACAGCUGCUGAUGAUGGCGCUUCUGCUGCUGGCAAUGGUGCUACUAGUGGCGACGGUUGUGCUGGUCACGCUGCUGCUGCUGCCUCCUCUGCACCUUAUAUGCACCUGCACCCUGAGGGUGGUUCCUACCAAGUAAGUGUGCCCCGUGAGUGCUCCAUGUGCCCCUACCCAAGGGAGGGCAGCAGUGGAAUGACGCGCGGCGGGCAUUUUCUGGGCUGUGACUGCUCUUGCAUGCCCGGCUGACCACACUGCCCCUUGCCCUUCACGAUUGCGGCUGGUGGGAGUGCGGCUGCCGGGUGCGCGGCUGGAGGGAGCAGCCAUGGCGCUAGCCUCGCAACUGCCACCUCUACGGCUAAGUUCCCUCGCAUCCCUUUCCAAUCUUUCGAGAUCCUCAUGCUAGCCGUGCUUCCUUGUUUUCCUGCAUCGUUGCUUGCUUUGCUCGUUAAAAAAAUGGGAGGGAUCAAAACUCAGAGUUGGGAUUCUUGGCGCGUGGCGAUGGUAGCACAUGGCACUGGGGCGGAAGGGCUCAUACUAGAGUUGUAGGGGAUAGAAACGCAUUCAUCCUCACGCCCGCGUCCCUCUCUUACCUAGUCGCCCUCGCGUGCUAGCUCCAUGCCCUGGUGCCGUGGGCUACCAUCGCCCUUUCUCUCUUUCUUUGAAGCCUGCACCGUGUUUCACAAGAUGCACCCUCGCCAUCACUUCUGCUUCUUGCAAAGGGCUUCGUUUCUAUGAAUCUUUCGCUUGUCAUGAACAAACCUCUUGCUUGUUCUUGCACGUAUCAUUGGCUCGGCAUGCCUCGACCUAACUUUCUGCAUCUCCUUCCACCAAGUGUUUUUUUCUCCCCGCACCAUUCCGUUGUCCCAGGCCCAAGGAGGUGCGCACCGCAGAGCCGGAGUUGGAGGGCAGUGGAAAGACGCACGGCAGGCAGCCACAGCGGUGUGGCUGCCCCCUGCUCGCCCUGCUGACCACUGCACUCCCAGUCGCGUUGGAGGCUGGCGGGUGCCGCUGCUGGGAGUGCUGCCGCUGGGAGUGCGGCUGCAGGGAGUGCGGCUGGAUGGAGUGUGGCUGGAGGGAGUGCGGCUGGAGGGAGUGCGGCCAGAGGGAGCGCCUCUGCUGGGAGCACGCGGUGCAGCCGAGGGUGGAGAGCACCCACCUACGGGAAGGUGGAGCGCCCUGCAUCGACCCUUCCACACCCGUCCCGCUCUACUCCGCCUCUCAUCCGUCCCUCCUCCUCCUCUGGCUGUCAGUGCUCUCACCUCGGGACCCUCCCCAGGUGACACAGGUAGACAAUCACUGUAAGUUGGUAUGGUCCCUGGUGAGGUGUGCAGCUCCCAACACACCCUCUCCACUCGCCCCAACCACUCCUGCAACACGCCAGCAGGGGCAAUGCAAUGCCGACUCUCGAAGACCGACCUUCCAGUCACUACCAGGGCAAUCGCUCCUCGGUUUCAACCGUCCUCGCUCUCACUGUCCUCGCUUUCACCGUCCUCACUUUCACUGUCAUUCAUCUGUUGUGUUUAGCCGUCCUCGCUUUCAAUCUCAUUUGCUUUAUCGCUCACUCCCUCCUUCCCUUUUCUCACUUGUCCCUUCCUCUCCCCCCCCCUCCCCCCCCUCCCUUCCCUCCGUCCUCUCCACCCCUCCUAGCGGUCCCGUACCCCAUGACUGCAGCAGCUGCAGCUAGAGAUAUCAGGGAGGGCUGCAGGGAAGGCAGCAGUGGGAUGACGCACGGCAAGCAGUCGCUGGACUGUGACUGGCCCCUUUGGGCUCUGCUGACUACAGCGCCCCUUGCCCUUGACGAGCUGCUGUCAUCAUGGUUUCACUCUGCCUCGUCUUGCAGCUGUACUCCCAUGGCCCUGCCGCAUGUACUUAUUCUGCAUCGCCCUUCGGUGCUGAGAGCGGGGAUGGAGCUGCAUUUUGUGCUUUUGAGUCGACUCAAAUGCAUCGCCUGUUGCACGGUUCUCCGGUUGAGUGGAGCUGGCAUCACGUGGCCGCCGCAGCCGCCCGUGGGUGCACGGUGCUCCGGUGAUACGUCGAUUCACUGCUUGGUGACGGGAGGGAGACAGCACGCAGAGGGAGGGAUCUGGCGGCACCCCCAUGCACCCCAUGCACCCCAUGCAACCCAUGCACCCAUGCCGCCCGUCGCGAGAUACUGUGCGGGGUGACAUGCCACCAGGGGUGACAUGCCGUCCGGGGUGACAUUCCGCCCGGGGUGAGAUGCUGCCCGGAGUGACAUGCCGCCGGGUGGUUGCAUGCCGCCCGGGGUGACAUGCCGCCCGGGGUGACAUGCCGCCCGGGGUGACAUGCCGCCCGGGCAGUCAUGCUGCCCUGGGUGCGGUGCCGCCAGGGGUGAGUUGCCGCCCGGGGUGAGAUGCUGUUCCAGCUCCAGCCAGAAUUCUCCAAGCGGAGAAAAUGAGAGAAAUGCAUUUAGCUUGUGCCCCUCGCAUGUGUCCCAUUACCCUGCACCAUGCACACUAUCUACAGGUCUAUCUGUGCAAGGGAGGACCCUGGUUACAUGACCGGGUGCAAGUGACGUGAUCGCUAGCUAGACAUGCAAAUGGGCACACUGAUUACAGGUUUUGGACGGUGGGCCCUACCUCAAUGCAGUGUCCAGGAGAACAUAAGGGUUAAACCUCGUAAUGGCCUAGAGGGGUACAGAAGUUGAGCAGCUCAUGCCACUACUGGAUCCGGGAUGGAGGGGCUUGCUUGUCGCGUGCUACAUGACAACUUCUAGUCGUCUGGCGUGGUGAUAGACUGACACGGUGUUUUCUUUGUUUUUGCUUGCUUCUUUGCCUCUGCCGAGUCUGCAAGCAAUGGAACACGUGAGAUCGUGUGGCCUGCUUGUUUUGUGGUUAUGACAGGCUAUUUUUCGCAUCGAGACAUCAGCUGCUCCUUUGAUUUAGACGUUUCUUGAGAAUUG